AUGACGCUGGGCUGCCAUGUGGGAGCUACGCUGGUCAGACACCUGCUAUCUUUAUACGUGCUUCCAACAUUUAAUUGUUCGUUUAUAACGCAGUAUCAGCUUGCAGCAGUGCAGCCUGUCCUGGGCCACCAUGCCGCUCGCCUGGAGAAGUCUGGAGGAAGCCUGCGGAUGCUCGGUUUCCCUCAGCGGGUGCUCUUGGCUGGCAGGAUGAGGCUGGGGACCUUCGGGAUCUUGCUAGUGCUUGUCCACGCAUCAGCAGACUGUGAGUUCGGGCCCUUCCCUUACAGCGUCACGGGGAUUGUCUGCAGGAUGACCAAGCCCGCGGCAUUGCUGUUGAACCAGGAAACAGCGCAGGUCAUUCAAGCGGCGUUCAGAAAUGCCAAAUUCCCAAAUAUCACUGGGGAAAGGUCCAUGCGGCUCCUCGGCAAGGUGGCUUAUGCGCUGACCAACAUCCAGGUCAAUGACUUGUCCAUAGAGCAGAGCGAGGUGGAGCUCAAGGAGAACAAAGCCAUUCACAUUGCCAUUAAAAACGUGACGGCCUUCUUCAAAGGGACCCUGACCUACGGCUACGCCGGGGCCUGGUUUUUGCAGCUUUUUCAUUCAGUUGAUUUUGAAAUCGAGUCUUCCAUUGACCUCCAGAUAAACAUUAAACUGAUGUGCCAGAAGGACCAAGUGGCUGCUGAUGCCUCGGACUGCUACCUGGCUUUCCACAAACUCACCCUUCACCUCCAAGGAGACAAGGAACCGGGCUGGCUGAAGCAGCUCUUUACGGAUUUCAUCUCCUUCACUUUGAAGCUUGUUCUCAAGAGCGAGGUGUGCAAUGAAAUCAAUUUUCUUGCCCAGGUGCUGGCAAAUUUUGUACAUGAUUUAGCAGCAAAUUUUGUCCGGGAUGAGGAUAUCAGCGUUGAUAUCUCCCUCGCAUCAGUUCCUUUAAUAAAAGCAAAUUACCUAGAAUCACAUCACAAGGGCCUUGUCCUGUACAAGAACUACUCCGAUGUCUUCAGUGACUCUGUUUUCUCCCCGUCGCUGCUGACUGAGUCCCGAAUGCUCUACUUCUGGCUGUCCGAACACACCCUCAACUCUCUGGCUUCGGCAGCUUUCUUAGAUAAGCGUCUGGUAUUGACCAUCAGAGGGGAGAAGUUGCAGGCGCUGUUUGAAAUGGAAGACACGGAAGCGCAGCGGAAGGCGGUGCAGAUGAUUUUUCAAGGCACCUCCUAUAAUGACUCUGUGGCCAAGGUGUGGAGUCUCGCCCAUCCCCAAAUCUCUGUUCAGCCUGAAGGGACAGUCGUGACGUCCUUGGUAGCAGUGGAGGUCAGCAUCUUUCCCCCGGGAGAAGAGUCCCUGAUGGUUCUGUACGUGGAGAAGGAAAUCACGGUCACUAUCCAAGCUGCCUAUGCGGAAAAGAAACUCAUUUUGCACCCUUUGGACUCCAGGAUAGAGUUUAAAGUCUUUAAAUGCACAGCUGAUCCAAGUGGGAAUGACCCAUCCAUAAGAAACUUCCUGAACGCAAUGAUCUCUGUUGUCGGGAUCCCAGAAGUGAUUUCAAGGAUCGAACCAGCUUUGACUUCACUGAUGAACAGCAAAGGGCUUCAUCUAUUUGAGAUCAGGAAUCCUGAGAUCAUCACAAGAAAGGGAUACGUAAUUGUACAACUUGACUUUAGCUUCCCGAAUCAUUUGCUUCUUGAUUUUCUUGAAAAAAGAUUACAGAAUUGA